AAACUCAUUGUUAUUUUUAAUUUCCGCAUUCAUUAACUUUCACUGGUAGUGUUCUCAAUAUAUCAGUGUGUGUGAAUUGACUCUACAUGUCGGUGGAAAGGGCAGAAUUCUCUCUUGAGACAAUGGAAACAGUUGAAAGCGACAGGAAAAGGACUAAGAGAUGGCUUAGUCGAAAUAAGAAAACAUUGGUAUCCAUCGCUGGCAUUGCAACUGUAGCGGGAUGUCUCGUUUACUUUGGCUUCUACCAGACGAAAGUGAACGGAGAUUUGGUUGACUCGAUUACAUCUGAACUGGCGUCCGACAGCGCACAUGCUUCUGGCUUAUCUGGUGGGGUUCCAGCCUCAGUUUUUGGCAAGUCAUCUGCAGGGGACAUGCAGAAAUAUUAUCUUAAUAUAGGAAUGCGCCAAGACUUUCUACUGCAAGAAUGUCAGGGAACGAAUUACAAGCUGUCCUUCCCAGAUGUUGACUACGCGUUAAUGGGCUACAACGUAUUGCGCGGUUAUCCUCUAGCAACAGGCCAUGACCCCGGAUUCACAUACCCAAUCUUUACUGCGUACUAUGGAAAAGGAAAACAGACCGCCGAUUGCCGUUACAGUGUCCCGGAGGGUUUGGUUGUUGUUCCUGACGUGUCGUGUGUAACGUCGUUCUCGUCACAAAUUGUUCAAACAAAAUAUGAAUUUGCGAAUGCUUUAUCGGUUUCUGCUAGCGUGAGUGGAGGUGGGUGGGGUGUAAGUUUCUCUGCUAGUGCUGGUUAUAAGGAAUCUUCAUCAGAAAUGGCAACUGGAGAGUCAGUUUACAUCUUGUCAUCCGCUAACUGUCAUUAUUACUUCAGUAAGUUAGUGAAACGGUCGCCACCUCCAUUCGACCCCGUUUUCCUGAGUUGGAUUGAGAGGCUAAAUAACACAAAUUUAAAGGACAUUUAUUUAGAGUUCUUCGACACGUAUGGCACACAUUUCGCCACCGAAGUCACGUUUGGCGCGAGAUUCACGUACGAACAUAAAAUGUCAUCGAAAAAAUAUGAAACCCAAAGUGAAAAAGGUGUUAAUGUUGCAGCUGAAGCAAGCUACUCUGGUUUGUUUAGUGUCGGUGGUGGAUUUUCAAUGGAUUCUUCACAAAAACAAGCGGCUUCCGACUUCUCUAAGUCCGUUGAAACAAAAACUAUAACUGUAGGAGCAGCGCCACCUGCAAACGGCGAUGCAAUGACUUGGGCAUCAACUGUGAAAAAUAGUCCCGUUCCUUCUAAAUACAGACUUUCAUCCAUAGAGGAACUGUUUACCGAAAAGUACAUAAAUCCGACCAAAUUACAUGUCAACCUCAAUCUUAUUUCCCAAAAUAUCAAAGCAUAUAAGUACUAGUACUGCAAAUAUCUUAUGCUAAAAGGUGAAGUCGAUUCAUGUGAGUCACUCUCCCCGGGAAUGGUGCUCGAUAAAACAAGACUUUUUAAUCAUUAUGACGAGGUAGCUUUAUCAUAUAAAGGCUGCAUUGACCACUGUUUGAAACAAAUAAAAUGCAACGCAAUUACUUACUGCGACCAAUGUGACAGCUCGAGUGAAAGUUACCACACAUGUUACCUUUAUAAUACCGAGACAGAAAUCAAAGCAGAAAAUGAAGACGGGUGGAAAUCUGUAGUUUUCGUUAGUACAAUGAAUGCGAAACUUGUACUUGGGGACACAACGGUUGUUGGAACAGAAAGAGGGUUCGAAAGAGAAGAAGAUAAAAACGCAGAUGCAUCUAAGUGUGACAAAUUGUGUGCGGAAGAUGCCCAUUGUGUUGUAUACAGUUAUUGCCAGUGUCCUGAUGUCACACAAAAAUGCAAACUUUAUAGUUUUGAAAACGUUCUAGGGUUUAAAAAGGAAACAGGAACAAAGUCUGCCUUCGCUGCUUAAAAUGAAAAUUAACCAACUUCAAAUCCUUUAACAACACAAAUGUGGUUUGGGAGUUUCGUACUAAUUUUACAUUCAAUAUGUUGAUAUUUCAUUGUUUGUGUGCGCACGUAUUAUUUGUAUUCUAAAAAAAAGAAGUAGAUAAGACCGUCAUUUGCCAUCAACAUAGAAAUUUGUUGUAAGUCUACAUGUAAAAGAUGACUGAAAAUAUCUUGUAAUUGUAGGUUAUUUUUCAGUGUAUUUUAUAAACUAUUAUAGAUGAAUAUUGGUAAUUAAAAUUUAAGAGGAAAAAUAUUGGCCAGUAAAUGAAAUGAAACGCCUUAUAAAACGAUUUUAUAUUGUGUAUAUUAACGUCGGAUUAACUUUCAUUUUAUUGGUUCAUCGGUCGUAAAACGAGAUCAGUAGCGACUUACAUGAGAAAUAUGAGCCACACCAUGAGAAAACCAACAUCGUGCGUUUGCGACCAGUAUGCGACCAUGCUGUUCGCUAACGGUUUCUCUGAUUGAAAUAGGCUCUGAAAGCGAACAGCAUGGAUUAUAACGAGACUGCACGAAUGUUGGUUUUCUCAUGGUGCGGCUCAGUUAUUUCUUUCUUUCGUGUUUUGUCUAGUUGGUAGGUUAGUAUUUAUACUGAAAACGGACUAUUUCUUUAUUUCUCUUAAAGACCCAUCAGGAGAAAUUCCAUCCCCAGCUUUUAUUAUAUUUGACCGGCUUAUCAUAGUAGGUUGUCCCCCUUGAAAACUAUCCGAUAAUCAAUAUUGGUUUCCCUACUGAUAUUACUUUGAGCUAUAAAUUAUAUAGGAAAUUUAUUUUCAAUGAUUAAUUUCAAAUAUGUCUUUUGGUUUGUGAAUAUUUUACCAGAUAUGACAGUAAACAUCAAUUUCUUCUCUUCAAUUUAAUGUGAAAAUAUUUAUUCUAACUGAACAUCUUCUUGCUUCCAAUUUUGUUUUAAAAGUAUCACCAUCGCUUAUAUUGAACAUAUAGUGAAAAACACUAAACUUUUCAAUUUCUUUUACUUUAGACGCAAAUAAAUUAUAUUUUCCAAAGCAUGACAAUUUAUUAUCACAUAUGUAGGUAUUCUUGACUUUAUAAGCAAUACAAUAAUAUAAUUAUAAGUGUAAUAGGAUAAAAGCUUCUUGCUUCCAUUUUACUUCAAAGUGUAUCAAGAAAUAAAAAAUUUGUGAAUUUCUUAAAGUUCUGAUGCAACUUAAACCGUGUUAAUUUACGGAACUGCAUAUACCAACAACUGACGUACGAUUCAAUAUAGACUUUUGAAAUAAUAACGGUCAUAAUUGUCUAAUUAGUCAAAAAAAUAGAAAACAAAAAUGAAAAGAACAGAAUAGAACAGAGCUUUGAUUUUUUCACCAGACUGUUUGAGAACAAUAUGAAUCAACAUAAAUUACAUAAUUUCCGACUGAAAGCUAAAUAUCUUUGGAAUAUUGAAACAUUCGACGACAGGAGAAAACUACUUCAAAGAAUAAUUUUCUUAUGAAAUAGUGUAAUUUACAAGUUAAUGACAUGCUUUCCAUGAGUUUGCAUGGUAGGAUUAUCUCUUUAGUACGACCUACAUUUUUUGUCACGGUUUUGUUCGUGGAAAACAUGCAAAAUAGCCACCUUUACAAGCUAAAGACUUUUGUUUACACGAUAAAUUUGAUUUCAUGAUUUAAUUGUAUAGUAUGUACAAACGCAUAUCUGAAUGGCAUAUUUGAUUUAUGUAUAUCAUUGUUUAUACAAGUAACUUAGACACUAUAAAUAAGUAGACAAGGUGAAUCAGAGCUAAUUGUUAAAAAAAAUGAGUUCGGAUCUCUAUGAUACACAUACACCAAUGCUUAUAAGCAAAAUCAGAAACUUUAUUCAUAAUUAAAUAGAUUCUUUCUUUCUUUGAUUUCUAUGGAAAACCUUGGAUCAAGGCCACUUAAUAAAACAUGUGUGUGUGUGUGUGUGUGUGUGUGUGUGUGUGUGUUUUAGUAACAUGUAUGUUUUUUAAGGGGACGCAUACUUUGAAAUUAGAAAAAAGUGGGUGGGGUAUUAUAAAAUUUUCCUGCAAAAAAGUACAAGGUUUUGGUAAAUGAAAUGAAUACUGUUUCAACUGUUAUAAGUACACAAAGGAUAGCUCACUAAAAUAAAAAUGAGAAAAACUGAAACAAGAAAGUUAUUGUUGAAUUACGUAAGACUUCUUGUGUACAUUCAAAGUCAACAAUUAAGACUUUUUGGUGCGAAAAUAAUAGUGCUUCACUUUGUCUAAACAUUUAUCAAUGUCCUACAGAUUCUAAUUUAAAGAAAGAAUGUGAAAUAAGUUCACUGUCUUGCUUUUCAUUUCGCAUAUAUGAGCUAAAACACAUUAUUUAGUUUGUUUACAAAGUAGUGCAUAAGAAAAGAUACGGUGGUCAAGGAAUGCCACAUUCCAAAACUAAAAGAGUAUAUUCCCCUUAAUACAUUAAACAUUUAUCGUUACAGAAGUCUAGUGGCUUACAAUAAAGGCCUAGAAAUGUUGCCAUUAUUAAUCUUUAACUUGGUAUUCAUGAACUACAAUGCACUUAAAUAUCAAAACACAUUCAACAAACUUUUGAAAAUGUACUGUCUUAAAAAUCCCUAAAAUAAGGUAUGAAAUUUGGUUGAGAGGUCCAAUCAAUGUGUAUAUGUGCAAAAGCAACAUUCUAAUCUUGUUCACAAAAGUUACUAAUAAACAGCAGGAAUGUCAAUGAUCAAAACUGGACGAAUAUACAGUUAUCUUCACUUUAAUGUCAUUUAUAAUUUGUCCUUGAAUUCUCCACCAUACUUUUCAUAACUCUGUUUGCACGUGUUGCACGAGAAUGCUGUCAUUCACGUAAAAAAACGGGGUCAAAAAAGUUGUAAAUGCAGUAUCAUCUAAACGUAAUUAAUGGAUUAUGCAGUUCAAGAUAAACUUUAUCUCAUAUCGUAACGAACAUGUAUAAUGUUGUAACAACAACUUUACUUACACUGAUUUAAGUAGCAGUCGGUUUAUAAGUGACUUUAUUGAUUCAUUUUGUGUUUUGUUAUUGUUGUCAAAAAGUAUAACGGAAGUGCCUCACAACUGAAGCGGAAACCAGUUUGAUGCGCAAAGUAGUCCACUGUAAGUAAUAUUAUUUGACAAAUGUCCGCAGAAAUUAAUAAUUUUCUAAUAUUAAAGACGAAUAUCUGAAUAGGAUUCAUUAUUUGAUAAGAAAUUAUAAUCAUCGACAUGUUUUUUUUUAAAAAUCGUACACGUGCUGACACCUAAGUUGUCUCCCGUUGUUUAUUAGAGUUACCUUUCGUCCGGCGCAGUAAUACAUUUGCAGUGAAUCGCCGAGAAGUCGUGGGAAAAUUAAAAACCAUGUAAACAAACUAAAAUUAACCACCU